CACCCGCACCCGCAUCCUCAGUCGUACAACACAGCUCCAUCAUUGGCCAAUAUCCACAAACAGAGUCAUGGCAGUCAAGAAGCGGACCAUUGGAUCUGCUGCGGCCUCGUCCAAGUCUGGCUCUUCGGCCACCGAUGCUGCACGGCUACCUCGGGGACCUCACACGGCCCAGCUGUAUUUCCAUCUAGCAGUGCACGGAACCCUCAUUCUCCUCGCCUCACUCAUCCUCCCCGCCCAUCUCCUCUCGCACAAGAAAGACGAGACGUCGGACUUGGGAUUGAGGAACUCUGUAUCCCUUCUCUUCUCUUUGCCGGACACGCCAGAGAAUGUCGCGCUGCUGAGGAAGACGAUGUGGGGGGUAGUGCAAGCAGUCGGAGUAGUGCAGGCGUGGGCACUCGUGCGGUUCAAGAAGUGGUUCGACCUGGGUGUUGCCAUUGAGCAGGGAGACGUCAAGACUGCCGAUGAAGUGAACAAGAGAGGUUGGGGCAAAGGCUUAGAGCUCAUGACCCUGACCUCUGUGUCGCUGCUGGUCGCGCUCCUCAUCUUCCAGACUCUGCUGGUUCUCUUGGGAGCUCCUGUAUUCUCCAACAUAACAUCAACCGUGUGCCUCUCGCUGGCUCUGUCUCUGACAAUAGCCUUUCCUCUACAGCACAUUGCGCCGUUCCUCUCUUCUACGCCUCUAUUCACCUCGCCUUCUCCUCGUACAAUUCGCCUCUAUAGUCUCCUGUGGACGAUGCUGCUGCUGCCCCUCAUCGGAGCACUGGUGGGCGCAGUUCCCCUCACCUUCGAUCAUGGCAAGGCCUGGUUGGCAUGGCCUGUCCCGCCACUGAUGGGAUUGUUGCUAGGAGUGGUGGUGUCGGAUGUGGUAGGAGGAGUCAGAUAUGUUCUCACCCCAGGCCGAGAUUGAGUGGUCCCCUGCAAUGGAUAUUCGACAGCAUGAA